ACGUACAACAAUUAUUAACAUUUCUGGGGCCCUCAUGAGGCUGGGGAGUCAGUCAGUGGUGGAGAGGAGCUCCGGGAGCAGACUCAACUUUCCCCGGGACACACCGCAGCUUCGCCGGCGUCAUGACUCUCUACCACGGCCGUCUGCCGUCUCUGGGAGUGCCCUCUUCGGCUCUCAGCCUCUCCGCCCCCCCGCUCAUCUACUUGUACGGAGGGGACAGCGGAGGGGUCGUGCCCGCCGCCCUGAGCUUCGUGCCUGCCCGCCAGGAGCCUCCGCAGAAGCCGCCCUACAGCUACAUCGCGCUCAUCGCCAUGGCCAUCAAGAGCGCACCGGAGCAGCGCGCAACGCUCAGCGGCAUCUACCAGUUUAUCAUGGACCGGUUCCCGUUUUAUCACGACAACAAGCAGGGCUGGCAGAACUCCAUCCGCCACAACCUCUCCCUGAAUGACUGCUUCAUCAAGGUGCCCAGAGAGAAGGGGCGGCCCGGCAAAGGCAGCUACUGGACGCUGGACACCAAGUGCCUGGAUAUGUUUGAGAACGGCAACUACCGCCGGAGGAAGAGGAAGGCUAAGAGCCAGCAGGAGGCUCUGGAUGUCAAAACCGGUGGACACAAGCGCGCAAAGGUCCCGGGAACAUCAAGGGACGCCCAGGCAUCUCUGAAACACCAGACCGACUCGGGGACAGCAGCGAGGCCGGAUGAGCAGAGGAUGGAGACACCACCGGAAACAAAAGCGGUUCUGGUCGAGUUUAACCACGCUGAACAGCCACAAAGUCCCCCCAUACAGAGACCUAAAGUGUCCUCUAACCAAGACACCCUUGCAUCCAGGAGGCUUGACGCACCCCAUCCUGAGACAUGUCCCGCUCCGAGACUCGCUCCGCUGUGGAUGGACGGUGUUCCGGGCGCGUCCCUCCGCCGGGAGCCAGAGGAGAGAAGAUCAGCGUUCAGCGCAAGAGACAAAGACAGAGGUCCACUCUGCGCCGUCAGUUGCACAGGAAACACAAACUUGGCCGCAUUUGCGCAGGACAGGCCGAAAGGAAAUGCAGCGAGCAGGGACAAAUUGAAAGGUUUUAGCAUCGAGAGCAUCUUAUCGAAAAGUGAGGACGAAAUGCGCAGCAGCAUGCUCGGGCUACCUGCGGAGACAUGCGCAGAGCGCAGGAGUCCCGCGUUCAGUUCGUCUGUGAUCUUUGGUGCUCGACCGCAUCAGCUGUACCAGAUGGGAUUCCCCCUCUGCUCUUACCUGUCACUCACCUGCCCCGACAAAGUACUGCAUUUUAAAUGAGUACAACUAUGAUUUUAGACUUCAAUACGUUUCACGCACGUUUGAUGCGUAAAAGUGUAAACUUUAGCUUUGCAUGAUGAGUUACUAUGAGACAGCUCAAUGUUCUGCUCUUUUUUUAGGAUCUCUGGCAUCCUCUUCAUCUACA